UCCACUCACGCCAAGCGACACUCAACUCAUCGGCUGUGCAACUCCAACCCUCUUCGCUGCGUACGAACACGGCGGCCGCCGACGUCCCGCCGCCGCCGCUCCUCCUCCCGCGCCUAGACGAGGUCUGGUCUCCGCAUCCGCCGCUCCUUUUCUCCUGACCCCCGCACCUCGCCGAUGUCCCGCCUCCGCCGCUCCCCCGCCACGCCGAUCUCCAGCAUCCGCCUCCUCCGCCACAUCUCCACCUCCACCCCCACCACCGCAUCGCCAACCUCACGCUCCUGGACCCCACAUGACGCCUUCGACGCGGCCACGGAGGGCCUCCGCGCCGGGACGCUCAGGCCGGAGGACGCACACAACCUGUUCGACGAAUUGCUUCGGCAGGCCACCCCGGUCCCUGAGCGCUCCCUGAACGGCUUCCUCGCCGCCCUCGCCCGUGUGCCCGCCUCCGGCGCAUGCAUCAGAGAUGGCCCCGCCCUUGCAGUGGCUCUCUUCAACCGUGUGUGCAGGGAGGAAGCCGGCCCGCAGGUGGCGGCGCUCACAGUUUGCACCUGCAACAUCCUCAUGGACUGCUGCUGCCGUGCGCGUCGCCCGGACCUAGGGCUUGCCUUAUUCGGCCGUUUCCUCAGGAAGGGCCUGAGGACAGACCAGAUCGGCGCCAACACCUUCCUCAAGUGCCUCUGCUACGCGAAACGGACGGAUGAGGCUGUGAACGUGCUGCUUCACAGGAUGUCCGACCUCGGCUGUGUGCCUGAUGCCUACUCAUACAACAUUGUUCUGAAGGCCUUAUGCGACAAUAGCAUGAGCCAGCGGGCGCUCGACCUCCUCCAGAUGAUGGCGAAACAAGGAGGUGCCUGCUCCCCUGAUGUGGUGGCGUAUAGCACGGUCAUCCAUGGCUUUUUUAACGAGGGCGAAACAGGGAAGGCAUGCAGUCUAUUCCAUGAAAUGACACGGCAAGGUGUUAAGCCUAGUGUGGUAACAUAUAACUCGAUUAUUGACGCGUUGUGCAAGGCCAGAGCAAUGGACAAGGCAGAACUAGUCCUUCGGCAGAUGACUACCAAUGGUGCUCAACCCGAUACAGUGACAUAUAAUUGCAUGAUCCAUGGAUAUGCCACGUUAGGGCGGUUGAAAGAGGCUGCUAAAAUGUUCAGAAAAAUGAAAAGUCGGGGUCUUAUACCAGAUAUUGUUACUUGCAACUCGUUACUGGCCUCCCUUUGCAAGCAUGGAAGAAGCAAAGAAGCUGCAGAAUUUUUUGAUUCCAUGACAGCCAAGGGCCACAAACCUGAUACCGUCUCGUACUGUAUUUUGCUUCAUGGGCAUGGUACUGAAGGAUGCUUUGCUGAUAUGAUUGGUCUCUUUAAUUCAAUGAAAAGCAAUGGUAUUGCAGCCGACUGCCGUGUUUUCACCAUAUUAAUCGAUGCCUAUGCUAAACGUGGAAUGGUGGAUGAUGUAAUGCUCAUAUUUACGGAAAUGCAGCAACAAGGUGUGAGUCCAAAUGUAGUCACAUAUUCCACUGUCAUAGCUGUACUUUCUAGAAUGGGUAGGUUGACCGAUGCCAUGGAGAAAUUUAAUCAGAUGGUUGCCAGGGGAAUUCAACCAAACACAACUGUUUAUCACUCCAUAAUUCAGAGCUUUUGUAUGCACGGUGGUUUGGUUAAAGCCAAGGAACUGGUUUCUGAAAUGAUAAACAAAGGUAUUCCUCGUCCUGACAUUGUGUUCUUCAAUUCAGUAAUAAACAGUUUAUGCAAAGAUGGAAGGGUUAUGGAUGCACAUGAUAUCUUUGACUUGGUUAUAGACAUAGGUGAGAGGCCUGAUGUCAUUACAUUUACUUCACUGAUCGACGGAUAUUGCUUAGUCGGCAAAAUGGAUAAAGCAUUUGGAAUGCUUGAUGCAAUGGAAUUAGUUGGUGUUGAGCCUAAUAUUGUUACUUACAGUACACUUGUUAAUGGCUAUUGUAAAAAUAGAAGGAUCGAUGAUGGUUUGACUCUGUUUAGAGAAAUGUUGUGUAAGGGAUUUAAACCUGAUACUAUUACAUACAACAUCAUACUGGAUGGGUUGUUCCGUUCCGGGCGAACUGUUGCUGCAAGGAAAAUGUUCCAUGAGAUGAUCGAAAGUGGAACAACAGUGACCAUUUCCACAUACGGUAUAAUACUUGGAGGUCUUUGUAGAAAUAAUUGUGCAGACGAAGCGAUUGUCCUGUUCCAGAAAUUAGGAGCAAUGAAUGUAAAGUUCAGUAUUACAAUACUCAAUACCAUGAUUAAUGCAAUGUACAAGGUUCAAAGAAAAGAAGAAGCUAAGGAGUUGUUCGCUGCAAUAUCAGACAGUGGGUUGCUGCCUAAUGAGUCUACUUACGGAGUAAUGAUAAAAAAUCUUCUAAAAGAUGGGGCAGUGGAAGAUGCUAACAAUAUGUUUUCAUCAAUGGAGAAAAGUGGUAUAGUCCCCAGCUCCCGUCUUAUAAAUGGUAUCAUCAGAUUGCUGUUGGACAAUGGUGAGAUUGCCAAGGCUGGAAAUUAUUUGUCUAAAGUUGAUGGGAAGAGGAUCUUACUUGAAGCUUCAACUACUUCACUGAUGCUGUCUCUGUUUUCAAGGAAAGGGAAAUAUCAUGAGGAUAUGACAUUGCUCCCUGCAAAGUAUCAAUUUUUCGAUGGAUGUAGUUGACUUUGCUCUUGAUAUUAACUCCUCAGAUAGUAGUCUAACACAAACUAGUUGGAAUUUUAGGGGUAAUGAUUUCUGAUGGUGAUUGUAAAGGUAUACAAUCUUUCUCUAGCAGCCACCUGAGAUUUUGUAAUCUCUCUGGAACAGUCACUUUCCUUCAUAUGAAUGCAUUUAGAGCACUGCCCUUCUCACUGA